AUGACGAGAAUAACAGCUCUGCUCCUGCAGCUGACGCUAUGGGUUGCUACCGCCCACGCCUUCUUCCCGUUCGUUCCGAAGGGCCACUGCGCACCAGAUGAGGAGUGCGGUCCUGUGAAAGUUGGGGGGAGGAGGACCAAUGAUGGAUCAGAUCAAACAUCUGAAGGGCUUACCGUCGACCUCUACCACAAACCGACUCGUCCCCACGAUCCCUCCAAGUUUGACCCGAUAGCCGAAGCCGCUACACGGCUCACUCGCAAAUUCGGGAGACCGCAAGCUGCAUCUGGGUCGGAGUUGAGCAAGAGGAAGAAUACAUAUGCGGUCUCUAAGCCCGCCAACCCGACUGCACCUAACAGCGCAGGCAUCUAUCAGUACGGUCCCGACUAUUCGUAUUUCAUCAGGGUCCAAGUGGGCACGGCCCAGCAACCCUUCUACAUGCUCCUUGACACGGGAGCUUCCAACACAUGGCUCAUGGGCUCCGACUGCAACUCAGAUGCCUGCCACCUACACGACACAUUUGACCCCAGCACUUCGAAAUCGUGGCGGACAGACAAGAAGCCUUUUAUGAUCCAGUACGGUUCGGGGAACCUCACAGGGAGCGUUGGCCAGGACACGGCCACGUUUGCUGGCCUCACGCACAAUCUGUCUUUCGGACUCGCCAACUACACCACGGACGACUUCAAGCACUUUGCCUUUGAUGGCAUCCUGGGUCUUGCCACGAGCCCAUCGGUGACGGGAACGUUCCUGCAGACGCUGAGGGAGAAGAAGGUGGUGGACUCACUCAUCGUGAGCAUUUCGAUGAACCGGGAUUCCGAUGGGCAUAACGAUGGCCAGGUGACCUUUGGCGGCAUCGAUAAAACCAAAUAUAAGGGCGAGAUCACAUACCACACGAUCGGACCCGAUCAGAAGGAAAAGGGCGAGUGGGCCGUCACGUUGGAUGAUGCGAGUCUCAACGGCAAGUCGGCCGGCCUCCAAAGCAAACUCGCCUACAUCGACACGGGCACAUCCUUCAUCUUUGCCCCGCCGGACGACCUGGCCGCGCUGUUCAAGCUGAUCCCCGGGACGAGCUCGUCCCAGAACGGAGAUUACGUGGAGUAUCAGGUCCCGUGCGACACGACGCUGCCGAUCCACCUCAGCUUUUCGGGCGUCGACUACCAGAUCUCGGCUGCGGAUUGGGUCGUGCAGAGGGACGAGAAUAAGUGCAUCGCCAACCUCUACGGUUUCGAGGUGUACAAGGGCACUUGGCUGAUCGGCGACACCUUCUUAAAGAACGUGUACAGCGUCUUCGACGCCGAUAAGAUGCGCAUCGGGUUCGCGGCGAAACCGGCACCACGGCCUAAGCCGACGUCUACGCUGGCUGGCUCGUCCGCCACGACUCUUACGCCCGCGGCAACUUCAGGCGCGACGGGUGAUGACUCGGCACACCCCAUCAUGCCCGGCUUCAGCGGGCAGGAGCCGCCCCCGCCCGGGGCUGCCCAGACGUCGACCAGCGCGGGGUCUUCGCACACGGAGGUCAAUGCCGCGAGUGGACUGCGGGGCAGCGUGUGUGGCCUUGUGCUAUGCAUCGCCGCCGCCGUUGCUAUAGUCGGGUAUUUGUAUGACGUCCGGAUCGGGCCGUCCGGAAGUCGUAUGUUUCAGCUGCUUCCGCCCUCCACUCCCAGAUCUUGUCCUGCACAGCCCAAGGCCGAGACUGAGACUCACCCGGCUUGCGGCUGCGCAAAAUGCCCUGAGUGCAGCAGAAUGGCCAGGGCCACAUCUCAUGGCGCUGCAGCAGCUGCCAACGCUAGCAACCGACACGGCGCAACAUCAUCAUCGUCCCCUUCCACAACAGCCGCCGGAAACACCAACGAAGAGGCCACCGGCUUACUCUCCUCGAACUCCGACCACGACGAUGGCGGCGAAAGCAAUAACAACCUCAUAGUCCACCCGGGCUCUCCCCAUGAGAACACCACCAACCCACGCACCCCCCGAACCCCAAACCGCGUGCGCUUCGACCUGCGCCCGACCUUUGUCGACGACCACACCACCAACAACAACAACAACCGCUCCCACAACAACACCAGCAAUGGCUCCGCUCACCCCAACCCCGACACCUACCCCGGGCGCGAGAGCUUCGACACGGAUUUCUCCCUGGACGACGAAAACGACCCGCUAACCGCGCAACACCGGGACGAGCACACCCGCACCCGCACCCAACAACGAGUCCCCCUGCUCACCGGCAUCGAAGCCCCCUCCAUCACCGUCGCCACCACCUCAGGAGGAGGCGAACCCGACGACGCCGAGGCCUGGCUCGCCGCCGAGCGCGCCCGCCCCAAGUCCUCGCUGCCCUCCGCCUUCAUGAACAUGGCCAACAGCAUCAUCGGCGCGGGCAUCAUCGGGCAGCCGUACGCGUUCCGCCAGGCGGGGCUGCUGGCGGGCGUGGUGCUGCUCGUGGUGCUGACCGUGGUGGUGGACUGGACGAUCCGGCUGAUUGUGGUGAACUCGAAGCUGAGCGGGGCGAGCUCGUUCCAGGGCACGGUGGAGAAGUGUUUUGGGCGGACGGGGCUGGUCGCGAUUAGCGUGGCGCAGUGGGCGUUUGCGUUUGGCGGGAUGGUGGCGUUUGGGGUGAUUGUGGGCGAUAGCAUACCCAGUGUGUUGCGGGCCGUGUGGCCCGGGUUGAGGGAGAUGCCUGUGGUGGGACUGUUGGCCGAUCGCAGGGUUGUGAUUGUGGUGUUUACCCUGUGCAUUAGCUAUCCGCUGGCGCUGUAUCGGGAUAUUGCGAAGUUGGCCAAGGCGAGCACGCUCGCGGUGGUGAGCAUGGCGGUGAUUGUGGUGACGGUGGUGGUGCAGGGCGCCAUGGUGCCGGCCGAGGAGAGGGGGGUGCUGAAAGAUUGGCGGAUGUUGGUGAUCAAUGACGGGAUAUUCCAGGCUAUCGGGGUGAUAUCCUUCGCCUUCGUCUGCCACCACAACUCCCUCCUAAUCUACGGCUCCCUCGAAAAACCCACCAUGGACCGCUUCGCCCGGGUCACGCACAUCUCGACCGGCGUCUCCAUGGUCGCCUGCCUCCUCAUGGCGCUGUCGGGCUUUCUCAUCUUCGGCGACAAGACGCAGGGCAACGUGCUCAACAACUUCCCCGCCGACAACACCAUGGUCAACGUCGCGCGCCUCUGCUUCGGCCUCAACAUGCUGACCACCCUGCCGCUCGAGGCCUUCGUCUGCCGCGAGGUCAUGUUCAACUACUACUUCCCGGGCGAGCCUUUCAAUAUGAACCUGCACCUCAUCUUCAGCUCGAGCCUGGUCUUCAGCGCCAUGGUGCUGAGCCUGCUGACGUGCGAUCUGGGCACUGUGUUCGAUCUGGUAGGCGGCACCAGCGCCGCCGCCAUGGCUUACAUAUUACCGCCGCUGUGCUACAUCAAGCUCACGACGCGCUCGUGGAAGACAAUAAUUCAGACCUCGAAGUACGGCGCUAGCAAUCCCAGUGACCUCCGAUGUCACAUCGGCAGGGGCUUCAGAAAGUUGCUGGACCCUUAA